CAAACUAGAAAACACACGAGCUAUGUUGAUACAGGCAACAGGAAGGGCAAGAGGUCUGGCAUAUCGCCGAACUUAAAGGGAACAAAAACAUUGUUAUAAAUGGUUUUAUAACAGAGUAGCCGUAUGAAGUAAAACUAUCAACUUGCAAUUCAGGAAACAACUUGUUCGUGACCUUAUCCUUGAGGGCAAGGUAGGGUUGUAAAUGGAAAGAAGCUACGAAGAAGACCACAUCACCCCAGAUAAAACACACGAAACACUAAGUAAUUAGUGAAUACUCCUAUGAGGACGUGGGCCUAGACUUGUUCAUUGCUGUGUGAUAAACAUCGAAACACAGAAAAGUGACCGUCAAAUGGUAGAAUGUAAUGGAGAAGAAAAGUUCGUUCAACCCAGGUGUUACUGUGUUUGAACCUAUGUGCAUGUACAACGUAUUCUGCGUUUGUCAGAGGGAAAACAAAAGGUUAUUCGAUGCAUUAACAUUUUAAGAGGUUGAAGCAGGCCAUAACUGCAGAUAUCAUCAACCUGAGUCAUGAUAUCCUGCUAAAUGAUACCAGAACCCUGGCCUAGAAAACAAGACGCAUGGACAGGAUCAAGCAAUAUGGACCGUGCCCCAGCUGAACGUGUUAAGACAAGUUUCCUGGUGUCAACAUCUACAACCAAGGGUCUAUUAUCUUUGACACUAAGAAACAACAACAGAAACAAAGAAUUUUAAAGGGAUGAAAGGAAGAAAUUGCUCUUGUGAAAAGGAACGUAUGCAACAAAACCCAAGUGUUCUAUUUGUAUGGAAAGUCAGCUGAUAGAUCAUAUUAAAGAUCAUGAAAUAAAACCAAGAAAGCAUCCAGGUGUUAUGAAAAUAAGAAUUGCAGAAGUCCCAGUUGUGGUAAUUAAUGCAAUGAAAGCUGUUUUGAAGGACAAACCUGUGAAGGCUAUCAGCUUCGGUGGAUCAGAACUUGCAAGAUAUUUGAAGGCGAGACACGUGCCUGUUGAAGAAGAUCAGAUCAGAUACAAGGGAAAUGAAAUACAAAAACAGAUUGAAGCUAAACUCGGAAUUGAUUCGUCGUCAUUAACAGAUGAACAGCAAGAAGAACUGGAGUUAAAGUACAAGAACUACGUUAUAAAACGCCUCAAGGAAACUUUAUAUUCCUGGAAGCCAGUUGUGUACAAUGAACAUGAAGCUCUGCUGUAUAUGGUGGCUAGGUUCGCUCCAGAGUACGCCGUCCUUCGGAAGAUUUUUACGGAAAUCAAGACUCGAGACCCCGACUUCAACCCUCAUUAUAUGUUUGAUUUUGGAUCGGGCGUAGGAACAGGGACAUGGGCAGCUAGAGCUGUUUGGGGAGACGUGAUACAAGAACAUUUCAACGUGGACUCGUCGGGAGAUAUGAAUGACCUGGCGAGCCUUUUGCUGCGAGGCGGGAACGAAGAAGCCGAGAUGUCGAUUAAAACGGUGUUCUACAGACAGUUUCUUCCGGCCUCUCAGACGCUUAAGUAUGAUGUCGUCGUAAGUGCCUACACGCUUCUGGAACUCCCAUCAGCGAGGACUCGCUUAGAAACUAUAAUUAAUUUGUGGAACAAGACAAACAGAUAUUUGAUUAUAGUGGAACAAGGCACAAACACUGGAUUCAAGGUUAUAAAUGAAGCAAGGGAUUUCAUACUGCAACUUGGGAAAGGAGAAGAAAUCCAUCCAUCGGUUACCGUAGCGCAUGUCUUCUCACCGUGCCCACAUGACCUACCAUGCCCUAGGUUUAUGCAUGACACGACGCCCUGUAACUUUGAGGUGUCGUAUAUACCAUUGCCCUUCGAAGGGAGAUGCGAUGCGAGGAAGGAGAGAUUCUCAUACGUCGUUUUUAAAAAAGGCCACAGACCAGCUUCUGAUGUUCAGUGGCCAAGGAUCGUGAGGACACCGUUGGUGCGCAGAAAGCACACCGUCUGCAGGAUGUGUGUCGCCGCGGGCAAGCUGGAAGAAGUUGUCUUCACCGCAUCCAAACAUGGGAAAAUUCCUUACUGGUGCGCUCGAUCAAGUAACUGGGGUGACUUGCUGCCAAUGACGGUGGAAGGUGGGAAGACGGAAGAAUAAGAUCGUGACGAUACACCCAGUGGCGUUUACAACCACUGCCAGGUAGAUCACCAAACUCACGUUGAUCACCCAGAGGACAAAGCCACGAGCGCACAUUGUCAUCAGUAAGAUUGGUGCAAGCAGGAGACUUGUUGACAAGUUGGCCAGAGGGAGAUAGCUGUCUACAAGACUCUGAAACAGGGGUAGGGUCUACUUAAUUACACGGCACAGCGUGGAAAAAAAUUAACGAAGUAUCAGGGUGGUUCAAGGUUGACCUCAACUUUGUCUUGUUUUACGUCUGCACCAGAAUGAUGAAUCAACUUUCCCAAGCAGAUGGUGGCAACACUGCUCUCUCUCUCUCACACACACACACACAUUCAUGCAGUUAGCGUCGUCGCAUUAGAAGCAGAACUUUUGUCGGAGUGUGACAUCCCGAGCGUAGAACAGCGCUGUGUCAUCAAAUUCCUGGUGAAAGUGUAAUUGGAACCGGCUGAAAUUCUAGUCAGGUUAUGUUCACGAUCUCGGUGUGUGUGUGUGUGUGUAUUUGGUGCCAUGCCACGGCGAUGGGAAAACUCCGUCGGUGUACAAGUUUAAUGUGUAUUGAAAAGACGAAAUAGUUUCCAUGUAUGUGUUUUGUGUUCGUAAGAAAAGUUCAAACCAGCCUCGUAAAUGCUUAGAAUUAUAUUUGAGCAUCACAUUGUGGAUUUUGUUUUAAAGUAACGCGACUUCCUUGCUUUCCAACAACGCUUGUCAUCACAAACCUGUCCUUGUGAUAAACUGUCUACGAAAUUAAGACAGUGACGUCACAUCCAGUGGAAUUCUGGGUUUAAAGACUGUUUUUCUGCCCUCACCACAGCGUUGUAGGAUUUGUAGAUGCGUUGAUAACAAAUACAAUUUACGUGCCGCA